GGGGCCAGUCCCGGAGGUGCUCGCGUCUCUCCCCGCCCGCUCCGGGCCUCGCCGGCGGGUGAUUUGCCCGGGCGCCUCCGUGCGCUCGGCCAACGGCCUCUGAGAGCGCCCCCCCGAGUGCCCCGGGAGCCGGCGGGCGGCGGCCCCCGCUGGAGACCCUCCAGCGGGCCCAGGGGGACAAAAGUGGGUCUAAAUCCAGCACAUGCAAAUUGAAGCAAGUUAAGGGAUUUAAUAUGAAGCACAGGCGCAGAUAAUGCCAAGUAGCAAGCAGUAGUUGGUACACAUUUCUGGAAAAGCAGUGUCCGUGUUGUUAUGUACACCUCCAAAAAAGUUCAGAUCUGUAGGGGAGUUAUUGUGUAAAGUAAACUGAACUACAGGGUAGCAGUAUUUUAAUAGCUAUUUAUAGACGUGUAUUUACUGUGUUAAAAAUGAGUAAAAGAACAAGCAAUGACACACCACUAGGAAGAGUGAGUGGGGCAACAUUUCCUUCUCCUACUCCUGCUGAAAUGGCGGAAAUUAGUCGAAUUCAGUAUGAAAUGGAAUAUACCGAAGGUAUUAGUCAGCGAAUGAGGGUCCCGGAAAAAUUAAAGGUAGCACCGCCAAAUGCUGACCUGGAACAAGGAUUCCAAGAAGGCGUUUCAACUGCUAGUGUGAUCAUGCAGGUUCCAGAGAGAAUUGUUGUAGCAGGAAAUAACGAAGACAUUCCAUUUUCAAGACCAGCAGAUCUUGACCUUAUACAGUCAACUCCCUUUAAACCUCUGGCACUAAAAACACCACCUCGUGUGCUUACACUAAGUGAAAGGCCACUAGAUUUUCUGGAUUUAGAAAGACCUCUUCCAACCCCUCAAAAUGAGGAACAGAUCCGUGCAGUUGGCAGGCUAAAAAGAGAGCGCUCUAUGAGUGAAAAUGCUGUUCGCCAAAACGGACAGCUGGUCAGAACUGACUCCAUGUGGCACAGAUCAGAUUCUGCCCCAAGAAAUAAAAUUUCAAGGUUCCAGGCACCGAUUUCUGCACCGGAGUACACUGUGACACCAUCGCCACAACAGGUUCGGGUUUGUCCUCCCCGUAUGUUACCUGAAGAUGGAGCUAAUCUUUCCUCUGCCCGUGGCAUUUUGUCGCUUAUCCAGUCUUCUACUCGUAGGGCUUACCAGCAGAUCUUGGAUGUGCUGGAUGAAAAUCGCAGUGUGAGAAGACAAAAUGAAAUACGUUGUGAAAGACCUGUGUUGCGCGGUGGGUCUGCUGCCGUCACUUCUAAUCCCCAUCAUGACAACGUCAGGUAUGGCAUUUCAAAUAUAGAUUCUACAAUUGAAGGAACUUCAGAUGACAUGACUGUUGUAGAUGCGGCUUCAUUAAGACGACAGAUAAUCAAACUAAAUAGACGUCUACAGCUUCUGGAAGAGGAGAACAAAGAACGUGCGAAAAGAGAAAUGGUCAUGUAUUCAAUUACUGUAGCCUUCUGGCUGCUUAAUAGCUGGCUCUGGUUUCGCCGCUAGAGGUAACCUCCACUCUCAGAAAUAUUGUCUCAACAGCUGGAAAUAUAAAGAGUUUGCAAACAUCUUCGUUUCUGUCUUUGCAUCGUAUGCCAUUUUACGGUCCAUGCCCUGAAAAUGUGUUUCUCCCAGAGGGGAAGGGGGAAGGACUUCGAUGUGCAGAGGUAGAGAGGUGCCUCCUGCCCCUCAGCUGUGUUUACCUUCAACCAGUUCUGCCAUCGUACCUACUUAACAUUCUCUGCAUGUUUUGUAAAUAGGCUCUAGUUUGGUUUUGCUUUUUUUAAGGAAUUUUUUGCCUCAUCAGUCUGCACAACUAAUUCUCUGAAUGAGAGACAGAGAAUGUGUAGAGAAUGGAUUUAGAAAAGUGUCUGUAAAGGAAAAAUAAUUCUUUAUUUUGUCCUGUUUCUCAAACACUAUUAAACAGUUUCGCUAAUAGACAUUUUUGCAUCCACAUUUCAACAUGAACAUUUCUGAAGUCAUGGGCUGGUGUCAGGUUUAAUAAAAUCAAGCCACCUCAUAUUUCAUGAUCACCUUCAAUAAAGUAAUUCCUAACGUU